GGGAUGUACUGUUUCAGAUGGCAGAGGUUCACAGACAAAUUCAAAUGCAGCUAGAGGACAUGCUGAAAUCUUUCCACAAUGAACUACUCACAGAACUGGAGAAAAAAGUGGAAUUGGAUGUUCGUUAUUUAAACGCAGCUCUGAAGAAAUAUCAGAUGGAACACAAAAGUAAAGGAGAGAGUCUGGAGAAGUGCCAGGCCGAACUGAAGAAACUGCGCAGGAAGAGUCAGGGCAGCAAGAACCCCUCCAAAUAUGGAGACAAGGAGAUGCAGUACGUCGAGACCAUCAGCAGCAAACAAAAUGAGCUGGAUAACUACAUCGCUGAGAGCUACAAGAACGCCCUGUCUGAAGAGAGACGGAGGUAUUGCUUCCUUGUUGACCGUCAAUGUGCAGUGGCCAAAUCGAGCACCACCUACCACAACAAGGGCAGAGACUUGCUAACACAGAAGAUCCCAUUGUGGCAACAAGCAUGUGCCGACCCAAAUAAACUCCCAGAGCGGGCCAUGCUUCUGGCUCAGCAGAUGGGCUCAGGAGCAACGGGGACGCUGGGACACCACACCUCUAAAUCUAACCUGACCAUCUCAGACCCCAUCCCUGGGGCCAAGCCACUUCCUGUGCCACCUGAGCUGGCAGCUCUCAUGGGGAGCCAACAGUCGAGGAUGAUGGGAGCAGAUAGUUUGCCCAUAGUGAAUGGCUCAGGGGUCCAUGGUGGAGAAGAUUACCAACACUGGAUGGAUACCAGAGCUGCACACGAGAAAUCGUCCCUGCAAUCUCACAGACAUGGUGGAGAGACCUUCUCCAAUACCCUACCUGUCCGCAAGGUUGCUCCUGUAAAGCCCAAAAACACUCUGGCAGAGACACAGACCCUGCCCAGGUCAAGCUCGAUGGCAGCUGGGCUGGAGAGAAAUGGCCGGACACGUGUUCAGGCCCUCUUCUCCCAUGCCGCCGGGGACAACAGCACUCUCCUCAGCUUUAUGGAAGGAGACAUCAUCACACUGUUGGUGCCUGAAGCCCGAGACGGCUGGCAUUACGGUGAAAACGAGAAGAACAGAAUGAGAGGCUGGUUCCCGUUCUCUUACACCCGUGUGAUUCCCGAACCUGACAGCAAUAAACUCCACGUCAGUUUGCAGCAUAGCAGGAGCAGCAGCACCGGAAAUCUUCUGGAGAGAGAGAUGGCGUUGCCAACACCUGAUUACGGCAUGCCCACACGCUUCCUCGCCCAGCAGCAGAGCACAUCACACAGCCGACAGAGACCGUACAGCGUGGCGGUGCCAGGAUUCUCACAACAACGGCUGGAGGAGUAUGAGUCUCGAUUCCAAACAAGCAGGAGCAGACGAACAUAGCUGACGUUUCUGAAGGUCUAGCCAAAACAUAAGUGCGGAGGUCAAAUUGAUUUCGACAGUGUGAGAGGACAGACAGACACACAGACACCACCCUCCCCUCCGUCCACACUCACUUCCCUGUCUUCCUUUAUCUCUCAACAAUCCAUUCCCCUUCACUCCACCCUCAGAGGAAGAGGAUCUAGAUCCACCCUUCCCUCCUUCACUUUCCCUUAUUUUAUCCAAGUUGGAGGCAGCCUAAUGGAACCGGAAUGCUGAAUAUUCCAUGUUGACCUUCCUCAUCAUACGUUCCUAUCAUGAGGAUGUUGAACUUAUUUUAAUAAACAUGUUAAAUUGUCUAUAUGUAUCUCUUGCCUGUCUUUCAUGCAUGUACAUGUCAGCAAUGUAUAAACUAAGUGCAUCACUUUUGCCAUCUAAGGGUCCACAGAUUUAGUUUUACCAGAAAAUGGAAAUUCUGUCAUGAAUUGCAUAAUUUUACUGACUUUUUCUUCUGUAGAACACAAAAAGGCUUAUAGUAUCUAAGCUGAUUUAUAUUCCUUACAAUGAAAGUGGAUGGUGACCAAAGCUGUACAGCAAGAUUUUCUGUUUCUAUGAUUGUCUGUUCCUCACACAAAGCUAUUGGAUGGCUUCACAAGUCAUAUGGACCACUAUUAUGGUGCUUUUUUUGUAAUUUGGAGCUUGACAGCAACUGGUCCCAAUCCACUUUCACUUUAUGUAAGAGAGAAGCUCAGAAAUCUAAAUUUUGUUUGUGUUCCAUGCAAAAAAGAAAUGUUGUAUGGGCUUGGAACGCCAUGAGGGCAAAUAAAUUAAUUACAUUUUUUGUUGAACAAAAAAAAAAAAAAGGAAAAUUAAAUUAAAAUGGUGUGGCAUUAUGUUUGAAUUUAUUGUUUGUAACAAUAAUGAGUUUAUCCAAGUACAAACGAAUGUUAAUAAUGAAACAGCUGAGGAUUUAAGAAAAAAAUACAUUUAUAUUCAGAUGUUUUUGAAUUAUUAAUUUGCAUUGUACAAUUGAAUGAACCUGAUGUAAUUAUUAAACAGCUUUCAGUGUUUUUCCAUCUUAUAUUGCUGAUGUAAAGGGCCUCCGUGAUCUCAUAUCUCAUCUGGAGUGCCUUCAAUAAAGUAUCUGUUUUCUAAAUGCGUCAAGUGUUGAUUAGAGCAGGACAUGUGGAAUUAAUGUGCAGUACAUACUUCACCUUUACGGUGUAUCAAGUGAAGAUUGUUGUGUUCUGAAAGCCUUGAAGCUGAAUUGGAACAAAUAUAAAUGACAAAAGUUGGUUGUUUCUGGAAUUUAUGGUUCAUGCAUGAAAGAAAAGACAACUGGUACCUACAUUUCCAUGUCCCUUCACCAACCACAAGUGAUGCAAUAAGCUGUGAGAAGCUGUAUGUUAGUGAUUUCACCACAGAUGAGGGGUAUAACCAAAGUCCCUUUAAGACAAGUCAUUUCACUCGGCGGCCAUCUUAGAAACGCCUCUCAGGAGUGCACCUCCUAUCUCUUUGAAUGGGGAAACAUCAAAUUCUCCAAAACUGUUUGCCAAGCUUUUGAUUAAAUUUCAUAUUUGAAAUCACCAAUGAAAUCUGACAACAACUGUCUCGUAAAUAUUCUUUAUAAACUCUCGAAUUAUGACAAAAAACGGCAGUUUUCAGGCUAGAUCAAGCUAAUGCGCAUGCGCGGUUCUAACGCGUCUGACUGUUUCUAUAGGAACCGGAGCUUCAAACGGCCGCUGCAGUGACGCGUGACUUUACCAAUCUGUGAUUGGCUCUUUAGAAGGCGGGACUUAAUCCGCCAUAUUGCGCGUUGUACUUUCCCCCAUUCAUAAAAAUACAAUUGCACCCUCUUUCUAUAAAUAAAGUCUUUGGUAUAACCCCCUUAAUAUGGUAAAUCACUGUAAUGCAUGGCAUAGAGUAGCUCAUUGCUCAUUUAAAUAAAAGCAGAAAGGAAGAAAACAAUAUAGUUUUAGUAUAGGUUGUUUAGUUGCCAAGCAACAUCUCAACUUUAUUAAUAUAGAUAAAGGUCAGCUCAUCCAAUCAGAUUUUAGAGUCGGAAUUGUCUUUUUUUCAUCCAUUUUACUGAUGUGCCAAGUCUUAAUAUAAUCCAUGUGAUUCAGUGCCUUGUACAUAGUACAUAAUAUUUGUAAAUAGCAUAACUUUAAUCAAACGCUGAAUUGUAAUCAUGAAUAUUUCUAAUUAUUUUCUUUUGACAUGAAUGCAUUUAUUUUAUUUGGAUCAACAAGAUCCCUGUACAGCUUUUUGAUUCAAAACAUAUGUAAACACUAGCAAUAAUCAAAUUUGAUACCAUCUCUUUUUUCUUUUUUUUUUUUUUACACAUUCUUAUAUGCUUAUAAUACACUUACACACCACUUGUGUGAAUUUUAUAGCCUUUUUCACAGGAGUGAAAGAAGUCUUUUAGUUCCAGUGUUGUAAUGAACUGACUAAAUGCUUUGAAAAUGUCUUUUUAUAGAAACAAAAUAAUGAUUAAGCUAUAAAAGAGGCGAUAGGGUUGAUGUUUCUCUGAUGUGAUAGAAACACUACAGUGCUUGUCUAUUAGUCAGCAAACAGUAAUUGUUUAAAGGUGCACUGCUUUACAUUUUCUCUGUAUUGUACUUGAAAUGCCAAUAUAUCGUUGUACAUGAAGGUGAUGCACAAUUAAAUAAAAUGCACCUUAAGUAAAGUCCAGAUUGUACAAUCACUUUCCCUUAAAGGUUUUCUCAUGUUUUCCUGCACUACAGAUUCUAACAGGUGCUUUGUGUCUGUCUCUCCUCCUAUAGUUUUUUUUUUUUUCUUUUGCUUUCUGUUUGUCUAUUUCUGUGUGUAACUAAACCAACAUCUUGCUGUAGCCCUGCCAACACUCUCCAUCUCUGUUUUGAUGAAUUUAGAGACAAAAGCAGUAAGGUGUCAAGGAAUGGAAGCCAGUGCCAGUGUUUCUUCUUUCUGCACUAAAGUAAAGGCCAUGGUACAGCCGCCACGCUGAGAGAUCUGAGAUCUGACCACCUCUGUCAUGUUAUUUGUCAUUUUUUCUUCUUCUGGAAUGCCCACUUUUGGAUGUAAAAGGAAAGAAAUUACAAUAACUGUACAGAAAAGUGUAUAUAUGCACUGUAAUAUGCAUGUAUUUUGGGCGACACUAGAACUGUGUAACGUUGCUAAAUGAUCAUGUGACUUUCUACUCUUGAGAAGAUGAAUAAACAUUUCUUCAGAUUUAA